GCAGAAGAGAAGCUGAACUAAGGCCUCUCAACAUUUUACUCUGCUUAGAAGUGGAAACAUUUGGUUCAAAAGGCCUUUGCCUUAGACUCAGGGGCAUUCCCAAAGGCUGCUGUUCACACCUCCUGGCCACUGAGAUGGAUGAACUUGGCUGCCUCUGAGUGGGAACCACGAGGCCUGACCCCCUAGGCAGUCCCAGGUUCACUACCUCGAAGGCCCGAGCGACACCGUCGGCGUUGGGAGAAGAGAGCCGCUGGGUGGCAGCAAAGGCGCGCAGGUUUCUUCCGACAGAGGCGGUUCCUUAACAUACUGUAGUUUUCUUCUUUUUGAACUCCUUGCUCUAACACUCUUAGAAAUUUACAGUGGUUUUAUAUUCUUGAAUUAGACAGUGUGAGCAGAGACUCCGUUUGCCAUUUCCUCUCAGAAUUACAGUGAUUUUUUUUCUGCGAAAUUUUUUACUUAUUUUUCUCCAUAUUAUUUCCAGGAAUCCUGGACUUUCCCUUGCCCCGGAAAGGCCGUGUCCAGGCCGACCUAAGCCAGGAGCCGCAGGGGCGGGAAGCCGGGGGCAGGGCCAGGCCUGGGACGCCGCCUCAAGAGCCGCGCGGACUCGGGAACCUCGGGCGGGGCCGGCGUGAGUGCGCCCGACACCUCCGGCUGCUACGGUGGCGACCGUGAACUGAUGCCCUGGAAAACACCUUUAGAACAUGGCUUUUUGGGGAGAGUCCCCAAACGACACCUCGCCGCGUACCGGUCCUUGGUGCAGUUUGUAAAUGUCCCUCCUGUGUUCCAAAACGAAAACACUCCUUUAUCUUCUAGGGCCUUCCAGAAUGGGGCAGUGGAAACUAGUGUGGGGACAAAGGAGGCGAGUGGGGCCUUUUCAGGGCUCACAGAGGACCCCUCGGAGGCGCGGCCGCCGGGGGGAGCGCGACAGCACCCCGCCCCCCGCCAGCCGGGUAGGAGCCGCUCCCGAGGUGACAGGAGGCGGCGGGAGGUGGAGGAGAGAAGGUCCCGCCCCACCUCGCUCUCCUUUACGGGAAGUGAUGUGGGGCCAGGCGGAAAAUACCCGCCAACGACCCAAAAAAGGCCGGCGGCGGGUGGACGCGGCGCGCGGGGACCCGAGCCAGGCGGGGACAGGACGGCGGGGCGAGCCAGACAAAAAGUAACCUUCCCGAAGAGGACAUGUGAUUGGAAGUUUUCAAUUGUUGAAGCAUUGGUAACUCCAGUCUCUAACGUUUUAGAAAAUAAUAACAAGCGGUUCUCUGCCCUGUAAAGAACAGAAACCUGGAAAUCUAAGGCUCAAAGACAUCCAAGUAAUUGGUAUCUGGGAGAUUUGGGAUUCAAACCCAGCUCUGCUUGACUUGGUGAACUACUGAGUUCUUCAUUAUGUCUGAUGGAGAUUAUGAUUACCUCAUCAAGUUUUUAGCUUUGGGAGACUCUGGUGUAGGGAAGACCAGUGUACUUUACCAAUAUACAGAUGGUAAAUUUAACUCCAAAUUUAUCACAACAGUGGGCAUUGAUUUCAGGGAAAAGAGAGUGGUGUACAGAGCCAAUGGGCCGGAUGGAGCCAUUGGCAGAGGCCAGAGAAUCCACCUGCAGUUAUGGGACACAGCAGGGCAGGAGAGGUUUCGUAGCUUAACAACAGCGUUCUUCAGAGAUGCUAUGGGUUUUCUUCUACUUUUUGAUCUGACAAAUGAGCAAAGUUUCCUCAAUGUCAGAAACUGGAUAAGCCAGCUACAGAUGCAUGCAUAUUGUGAAAACCCAGAUAUAGUGCUGUGUGGAAACAAGAGUGAUCUGGAGGACCAGAGAGUAGUGAAAGAGGAGGAAGCCAUAGCACUUGCAGAGAAAUAUGGAAUCCCCUACUUUGAAACUAGUGCUGCCAAUGGGACAAACAUAAGCCAAGCAAUUGAGAUGCUUCUGGACCUGAUAAUGAAGCGAAUGGAACGGUGUGUGGACAAGUCCUGGAUUCCUGAAGGAGUGGUGCGAUCAAAUGGUCAUGCCUCUAUGGAUCAGUUAAGUGAAGAAAAGGAGAAAGGGGCAUGUGGCUGUUGAGAAGUCAAGUAAGCGACAUAGUAGUUCAGGUGGCCCAUGCCUGGGAUCUUCUCUGUGAUUGAUACAUGGCACAGUGAGAGAUUAAUGGGCAUUGUGUACAAAUUGCUUCUCACCAUCCCCAUUAGACCUACGAAUAAAGCAUCCGGUUCUAAAAUUAAUUUGUUGCAGCUUUGUAAAUAUUUCUUUAAGAUUCAGCUUGUUAGGAGAAAUAUUUCGGAGCCAAAAGUGCCUUAUAAAACCUUAGCCUAUUAUAGUAAAUCAUUCAAGGACUCAGAAUUUUGCGUUCACAGAAGGGUGUAUUUAUUAUGUGGAAUGAAUGAGGGUACUGUCACCUGCCUUAAUGUAGGUAGGCCCAGAGUCUUACAUUUAAGAUCUUACAUGCAAUUAUAAAACCGCCACAGUCUUCAAUCCAGAUUUAAAGACUCAUGCCACAGGUGACAUUCUAAAGUACCAUUAAAGCCACUUAAUAUACAUGCACAUCAGCUCAAUGUCUUUGAGUAUUAAUUUUAUGUAAGCAUUCUAUUUAACAUGAAUAUAGGAGAAAUCAUGGCCAUAUCUAUAGACCUUGGAUAAACUGGAUUGACCAAUUGUACACUCAUGGUGACUUUUUUGUUGGUGGGAAGGGGAUUGGGGUGGGGCAGGGUGGCUUAAUGUAAUAUGAGCAACCAAAGUGGGACUUCUGGCUCCCCGCUAUAUUCCCAUUGCUCUGAAUGGUUGAUUGAAGGGUCAGGGAACUAGAUUUUAUGGCUUUAGUUCACUGUGAUUGUACAUUUAUACUUGGCCUGUGUGCUGGCCACAUCUGAACAUAGCUGGUGCUUAUGCCAAGUUACUUGUGAUGAGUAAAUAUUUAGUUUCUUUUUCUUCAUAUUUAUAAUGUUGAUGUGGCAUCCUCAGGCUGCAGCUUAAUUAGCUUAUAAAUUACUCGUCUCUGUCUUUACCAGCAGGCUCUGUAUUGUUGAUAUUUGCAACUUGUUUUGCUUUUCCAUUGGUGGAAUUGAAAUAAUUAGUUUUUAAUUACAUAAGAUGCCUGUUUGCUAUUUGGUGGAAGAUAGAUGUUCACAUUGAAGCAGUUACAUUUGUACUGUAGUUCAAUAAAAAAAAAAUGUAGUAUUCUGUAGCUUGUAUUUUUCAUAGAGCUCAUGAGCACUUACUGUACUUGCUGGGUCUUGCCAAGAUCAUGUAUUCUGCUGCAUUGCCAAAGUGUCUUCAUACCAAAUUAAAGGUGGUUUUAAUAUAUGUUUCAUGGAAGUUGUUUAUAAAAUUCAAAGAUAUUUCAUUUAGGUGAAAAGUCUUAUUUAUUAAAGUGGUUUGAAUAAAGUAGAUCAAAACUUCCAGAGAUCUUAAUGGCUAUUUAGGAAGAAAUAUCACUCACCAUAAUUUAAAUAAAGAAUAAAAAUACAUGUAUUUUGUGGUGGCAAAUGUUUGGUAGAACUGUAAUUAGAAAAAUACAAGUAUAUUUGGGUGAUGGUUACACUAGAAGCCCAGACUUUAUGACUACACAAUAUAUUCAUGUCUCUAAACUGUACUUGUACCCCCUAAAUUUAUUUUUGAAAAAGGAAAAAUAUAAGUAUAAUGAAAAAGCCUAUUUUUUUUCCACUGUCCUUCCACUACUCCCAUAACAAACUUAGCCAUGGCUGGUAACAUUUUACAUAUUUCUAUCCUUGAAAUGAAGGCUUCUUUUAAAUUCCAAAGAAGUCACGGAGGCCUGUGCAUUUGAAUUGUAUAUGCUAGUGAGGAAAAGAUUUAGACAUUUCAAGAGCAGGUUUGGCUGGGCGUGGUGGCUCACACCUGUAAUCCCAGCACUUUGGGAGGCUGAGGAGGGUGGAUCACGAGGUCAGGAGAUCAAGACCAUCCUGGCUAACAUGGUGAAACCUGGUCUCUACUAAAAAAAAAAAAAAAAAAAAAAAAAAAAAAAAAGAGUUGGGUGUGGUGGCGGGCACCUGUAGUCCCAGCUACUCAGGAGGCUGAGGCAGGAAAAUGGCGUGAACCUGGGAGGUGGAGCUUGCAGUGAGCUGAGAUCGCGCCACUGCACUCCAGCCUGGGCGACAGAGCAAGACUCCAUCUCAAAAAAAAAAAAAAAAAAAGAGCAGGGUCAUAAUCACACAGCAGUGCCUUAUAUAGUUGCCAUAAGACUUCAGUGGAGUACAACAUAAUUUUACAGCUACAUAUCAGGGCAUAGUCUAUAUGGUGUAUUUGUGUUAGAAUAACACAUUAAAUGUCUUUAAACAUAAAAAUAAGAAUGUUUGCAUGUUUCAGUUUUCAAGAACCAAAUGAGUAAUUAGCUAUAGAUUCCACUGGCCUUAAACAUACAACUAAGUGUAUACAUGAUAUAGCGCACACACAAGAGCCACCUUUAAUUAUUGAAAUAACCUGUAUUCUUUUUGGAAAUCAUUUAAGUUUGGUAUUGAAGUACUAUAUUUUUUGUGCAUCAGUGUAUUUUUCUAUUUACAAGCCUAUGUAAAAGUGAAGUGUAUCUUCAGUGAACCAUGUGCCAAUUAAGCUGUAAUAAAAAAGUGGUCUAGUCUGUCAAA